AUGUCUUUUCUUGGGAUCGGAGGCAACCAGCAGGGCUCCUCGAACGGCGGGGUCAACCGGGACAAAAUGGAAUUGGCUACGGAGCAACUAGACAUGAUUACAGAUGUUUACAACCGUCUCGUCGACUCAUGUCAUUCCAAAUGUAUCAGCCAACGGUAUACAGAAGGCGACCUCAACAAGGGCGAGAGCGUCUGUGUUGAUAGAUGCGUGGCCAAGUUCUUCGAGGUCAACAAGAAGGUCGGAGAGAAGCUGCAAAGUAUCGGUCCCAACGCCGGGGGAGGAGGAAUGGGUGGC